AUGGCAAUAACUGCAGCAGCAGCAGCCGCAGCAGCAGCGGCAAACAAGCUAAACAAGUAUUGCAGUGCCGAGAAGCAGCAGCAGCAACAGCAACGAAGGCAGCAACAUCAGCAGAUAAAAGGCAGACAAAAGGCACGAGAUGUGAGAGACGUCUAG